AUGACUGCGUCCUUAGGCGGCCCGCUGCUUGACCCGUACGGUAAUCCUCGCGAUGUAGGUGGUCCUCCGGGACUAUACCGAGUUCUUCUCCUCCAUAAUGCGCACGACGAAUCCCUUCAAACGAUAGCCGUCCUGGCUCACGGAACGAGUGGCAAGUUUGAGGUUGUCCACGCAGAAUGGAAUCCCAACACCAAGAGGGCCGCCCUGGCGUGUAUUCCGAAACUUUCCGAGGUCACGGGGCGGCAAAAGGCUCAGGGAGAGCAGGCAGGAAUGAAGGCGGCGAGCAACGAAUCCCCGAGAGAGCCCGAACCGAAGACGGGACAAAAGGCCGGCAGGGUUACCUUGGGCCUUCAAGCUCUUCGUGGUCUCAUGGCCAGCAAGCUUGGCCUUCAGGCUCUUGAUGGUCUCGUCGCAGGCAAUGUUGGUCUGGACGCGCUCCGCAGGCUGAAUCCCGGCAAGGUUGGCCUUCAAGCUCUUCGUGGAAUUGGUGCCAUUGCGGGGAGCGCAACCAUGCGCUUCGGGUCUCUAUUGGAGGCGUAUCAUGCUCUGGGAGAGUCAUUCAUAAGCCGAUUGAAAUUGAGUUCCGACUUUGGAGCGGCGGACACCGGGGCGGCAUCAUACGGUGCCUUUGAUGGCGAAGGAUACAUUCGUGUCGGUGGAUUCUAUCGGCAAGUAUUCGAACGGCCGGAUAAUGCCACUCAUGGCGGACUCGAUGAAAUGAAUCGCCGGUUACGAAAAGUCAAGGGCAAAGUUCUAACAAGGGCGCAACUGUAUCAUCUCGCUCUUCAUCAAGAUGGAGACAAGCACAUGGGCGUAGAAGCUUACAAUGAGUAUCUGCGAGAGGAGCGUCGAGGAGUCCCACACAAAGAAGCAUUCGAGAGAUAUCGCCGAGGCAAUCUAAUUCUCAUCCAAUAUCUCCAUCGAGGGAAAGGGGUCCGCAAGAUGAAGGCUUUGAGACAAUAUUGGGACGAAAUAGUCAAAAUUUAUCCUACGCUUCAUCGAUACCGGGACGAUUUCCUGAAAUAUGGUAGGCAGCAUGACCUUGUCGGCCGUCAUGGCGCCUGUGCUAAUACAGGCUUCGAUCAAGGUGAACACAAUCCCUGGGAGUUGCGAAAGGGCACGAGGAGACGGUUCCGUGUACCGAGAGCAAUGUAG